CAAACACAUGCUCUUACACUGACACACACACACUUAUACACACACUGGCAGGAAUCAAUCUGUCAGUCAAUACCUCAGGAUGUGUGUGAGCUGUCCACAUGAACACACGUUUCAGAUGAUAAAACUGGAAGCCUUUAAUUCAAAGAAACAGUAAUUUUAAGUCUAAUUUGGCAUAUUAUUGUUUCUAUCUCUGUGUAAACACCGAAGUCUGUUGUUGUUCGCCUUGAAAACUGAAAGACAACAACUUCCAUACUUCCUGUCGACACAGCAAUGUCUUCAUCUCUGCCGCUGCCCUCUUUGCCCCCAAGUCCCCUGGCCAUGGAGUAUCUAAACGACUUUGACCUGCUGAAGUUUGAAGUGAAGCCUGACACCCCUCCACCUCCCCAAACCUGCCUAUACCCCAAACCAGGUGUCCUUCAAGAGACUGCCGGUUCUCCGUAUGCUUCUCGUCCUCCUCCUGACUCCAGCCUCAGCUCCAGUCCCUACACCUCACUUCCUCCAUCACCCACGCUCAGUGACGGACACCCACCGCCAUCUGCAUCCUCCUCUUCCUCCUCUCUCUCUUUCCCGCUGUCCAUCUCCACCGGGUACAUGUCAGGCCAGAGCUCCGGCUCUCAAGGAAACCUGGACGGGAGCCCAGCCGCUGGAGGCCCCACGCCGUGUUCAAACCCCACCUCCUUGGAGGAUCUGCUCUGGUUGGCUGCAUUGCAGCAGCAGUUCGGUGGCGAGCCUGGAGGUGCCGCGUCUCUGCUGGGAGCUCUUGGAGGAGUGCCAGACCGAGGGGACCGGGAUCGAGGAGGGUUUCUGGGAUGUGAGGAUGCAGUGGAGGCCCUGCUAAACUCUGCUGCAGCUGCUGUAACUUCACAGUUCCCAGUUUUGUCUCAGAGUUCGAGCAGCAGUCACAUGGGUGACUCCAGCAGUGACAGCGGUGCUGAUGUUGUUCUUAACAAGCCGUCAGACAUGUGUCACCGACCUAUACUGGUCGUUUCUUCCACCCCUCCAUCUCUCUCCAAUGUCAACACAUCGACCAGUCCCUUCUCACAACCCCUCAGUCCACAGAGCCACCUCCAUCACCCACACCAUCCAAUGCAAGGCCAUUAUCACCAUCAUCAUCAUCACCAUCAUUUGCAAGUCACCCAGUGUGGGGUGGAUGAGCGUUUUUCCGAUGAGCAGUUGGUAAGUCUGUCAGUGCGAGAGCUGAACAGACAUUUGCGUGGGGUAAGCAAAGAUGAGGUGGUCCGUUUGAAACAGAAAAGACGGACGCUGAAGAAUCGCGGUUAUGCCCAGUCCUGCCGUUACAAACGACUCCAGCACCGGCAUGCACUUGAGUCCGAGAAACACAUUCUUACACAGCAGCUGGAGCAGCUGCAGUGUGAGCUGUCUCGUGUGUUGAGAGAGCGAGACACAUACAAAGCCCGUUACGAGAAGCUCAUCAGUUCAAACGAGACUCAGCCUUCCCAUCCCAACACCUCGCCUUCUCCUACUCCUCCGGAUUACUUUUUGUGACAAAAUCAACAUUGUACAGAAGAGAAUUGAAGGAGAGCUGAUUAUUGUGAUGGGUGAAAGUAAUUCAAAAGAGCUGUGACUACAACUCAACUUAAAAUAAGCUAUUAAACCAAAGCAGGUUGAUUGUGAGGUGGACCUGGAUUGCGACAUAAUGACGCGGCGUCACGCUACUGCUGAUGGGAUCGCGUUUUUGCCCAUUGUGAGCUUAUAUAUCACCAACCCAACAUGAUUUCAUUAGCAUUCAUAGGUUUUCAUACCUAAACGGGUUCUAGCACAUUUGUGUACGUUUGGAUUGACACUAAAAUGUACAGAAUCAAAGUAAUGACAGUGUUUAAAACAUAAAGCAUUUCACACAUGUAAAAUUAAACUUUUGAGGAUCAAAAAAGAAUGAAUGGAGUAGGUGAGUGAGUAGAUUUUAUUGUUUUUAUAAUAAACAAAAUUUAUUAAUAUGUUGGUUAUUUAUUAAUUUAUUGAACACAUUAAUAGUUUUUGAAAAGAUAAUGGUUUCAUUCUAUUCUGUGAGAACCAAUAAAUGAGUAACAUUUUAUACUUCUUUAUUUUUGAUUCAACUUAAAGGGGUUGUUCACCCAAAAAUAAAAAGUUGUUCCAAACCUGUAUGAAUUUCUUACUUUUAUUAAGCCCAUACAGAUGUAUGAAUAAAUUUGACAUUAAAAAGGCAUUUCCAUCAUUUACCAGUAUGUAAAAAUCAGAAUAUGGAAGUGUAUGUCGUGGUACCCUCAGUUGUUAGAGGAUUCAUUUAGGGAUAAGACUUCAUAGUUGUAUUUAUGUGAAAACAUUUGCAUUUUAAAUGCUGUUUAUAGUGAUAUUGUGCAGCUUUAGUGUCUAAACAUACAAAAGUAUGUGUGCACAUUUUCUGCUAAUACCUAUGAAUACGAAUGAGAUCACCCGUGGUAGCACAAAAGGCUUGCCAUCUCAUUGUGUUGAGCUAUUUGUCAUGAUGAGUUUAGUUCUUGCGAGAGUUUUAUUAGCACAUUUAUUUGGCAUUCACCAAAAUGACUGUUAGAGAUUUAAAUCUAUGAAGAACUGCUGACUGUUUGAGCAAAAGCGUAACAUUUAUAGAAUCUAUGAUUACGUGUAUAAGCCAUCUGUGUGAUAUUUGCACUGAGGGGUUCGUAGUAGCUACUGCAACUCACUGGAAAACAAUGCAAUGAACAACCAAACACAAACCAAGUGAAAAUCAUUACAUAACUUUGAGUGACUGUGUCUUUGGAAGUUUUGGAAGCAUUUUAUGAUUAAGUUAAGGGUGUAAUUUAACUGUGACAUCAACUUCAUUUAGCAAUUCACAGAGCUGGUCACUGUGGGUGUUAGUAGACGCCUUUUUAGAUGCAGACUUCUCUAGGAGGAUUACUUGGCUCGCCAUAGGUCUAUAAAUUGAAUUUAUCUGGCUAUUUUCCUUAUUUAUUCACAGUAUUUAUUCAUUGUUUGUAAUGUGAUAAUUGUGUU